AUGUUUACAGUGACAGAAUUCAAAUGGCUGACCGAUCCUCAAACAGCUUAUCGCAUACUGAAGCCUUGGUGGGACGUUUUCAGCCACUACAUCUGCAUGGUGAUGCUCCUGAUCGCACUGCUGGGUGGAACCCUUCAGAUUGCCCAGAACAAAAUGCUGUGCCUCCCUUGCAAAGUGGUGGUCGAUGACCAUUGCAAGCCCCCUUGGUACAUGAACAAUGCGUCGAGGAAUCCGAACGGAAGCUUCCCUCCCCUGAGCGGGAUAAAGAACCUUCUUGACAGGCAGCAGUAUGCCUUCAUUGACGCCGUGUGUUAUGAGAAGCAGCUUGAUUGGUUCUCCAAGUUCUUCCCCUACCUGGUGCUCUGGCAGACGCUUCUCCUCUUGAUGUGCAGUAACUUCUGGUUCAAGUACCCCAGCACCAGCUCCAGGCUCGAGCAUUUCAUCACCAUCCUCUUCAAGUGCUUCGACUCCCCCUGGACCACUCGGGCUCUGUCCGAGGCAGUGGAGAUUAGUGGUGAGAAGCCGCCCUACCGCAAGACCAGGUUGAUGGCUAGGACGUCCUUCUCUUCCGUGUCCGGCGAGGCUGCCACCAAGUCUGCACAGAACAGGGUGGAGCUUAAUCCAGCAGACGCGGGUGAGAGAACUAUACUGGACCAGAAGGAAGGAGAGCAGGCGAAGGCUAUCUUUGAAAAGGUGAAAAAGUUCAAAGCACAUGUUGAAGAAAAAGACAUUAUCUACAAACUGUACAUGUGCCAGAUUAUUAUGAAGGUCUUCCUGUUAGUUGCUAUCAUUGUCUAUACCCCUUACUAUGUUAUUGAGAUGAAAUUUGAUCUCAAUUGCAAAGUUGACAUAGAGUUAUUUACAGGAUAUAGACAGUAUCACUGUGUCCAUUCUUUGGCAAUUAUGUUCAAGGUCUUAGCAUCUUUUUAUGCGAUACUGGUGGCAGUACACGGUCUGCUGUGUGUCUAUAGCCUGUGCUGGAUGCUCAGACGCUCACUGAAGCAAUAUUCCUUUGAGACCGUCCGAGAGGAAAGCAGCUACAGGGACAUUCCAGACAUUAUAAAUGAUUUUGCUUUCAUUCUUCACCUCUCCGAUCAGUACGACCCCCUUUAUUCAAAGCGGUUCUCGGUCUUCCUUUCAGAAGUCAGCGAGAACAAGCUGAAACAGAUUAACCUGAACUUGGAAUGGACUGUGGAAAGGCUGAGGUACAAGCUGCAGAAGAACCCUCAGGACAAGGUUGAGUUGUCCCUGUUCAUGAUCAGUGGACUCCCUGAUGCUGUCUUUGAACUGAAGGAGCUUGAGGUGCUUAAACUGGAGCUCAUAACAGAAGCCAAUUUUAAAGCAUCAAUGUCUCAGCUGACUAACCUCAAAGAGCUCCAUCUUUACCACACGCCGGCCACUGUGGACCCGCAGGCAUUGAACUGUUUAGCCGAAAACCUGGAAGUGCUGCACAUCAAGUUCAUCGACAUGGAAAAAGCUCCGCGUUGGAUUUUUAAUCUGAGGAAUCUGACAGAGCUCCAUUUAACAGGUAACUUAAAAAUAGAAAAGAACAACUUUGUGUCUCUGAGCGGCCUUGAGAACCUGAAGAAAUUAAAAGUUCUACACAUGAAGAACAGUCUUCCUCACAUUCCAGCCAUUGUCACUGGAACAGGACUCCUCUUAAACAAACUGUGCAUUGAUAAUGAAGGAACCAAACUAACUGUGUUCAAUACACUGAAAAAUAUGGUAAGUCUCACACACCUUGAACUUCAGAACUGUGACCUAGAACGCAUUCCACAUUCCAUUUUUAGCUUGUAUAAUCUACGUGAGAUUGAUCUGAAAGGCAACAGACUGAAGACCAUAGAAGAAAUUAUUAGCUUCCAGCAUUUGAAAUGGCUCUCAUGUCUUAAACUUUGGUACAAUGCAAUAGCGUACAUACCACUGCAAAUUGGAACUCUUUCAAAUCUGGAGCAACUAUACCUCAACAACAACAGAAUAGAAACCAUUCCAACACAACUUUUUUUAUGCAGCAAGUUACGAUACUUGGACUUCAGCAAUAAUCACCUGACUACAAUUGGUGAUGAGAUCAGUGAACUGACUCACCUUCAGUACCUUAAUGUUUCCAACAAUAAUUUGGAAGCUUUACCAAAUGGACUCUUUCUGUGCAAGAAGCUGCGGACGUUGCUUGUUGGGAGAAAUAGCCUGACAAUAUUACCUCCUCUGGUGGGCGAUCUGGUGAAUCUUGUGUCCCUCGAACUUAUGGGAAACCAGUUAGAGGUCUUGCCUGAAGAACUGAGCCGAUGCAGCUUAAAACAGGGCGGGCUUGUGGUGGAAGAGGUCCUGCUAAACACAUUACCUGCUGCUGUCAGAGAACAUUUGAAAGGAAGCGAUAAAGACCAAGUAUAACCGGAACAUGUUUUCAAAU